CCCCAGGUUUCGUCAGUGGUGUCAGAGAGUGAUAACUCACAAGAUGUUUGAUCACAUAAUCCUCCUUUUCAUCUUCCUCAACUGCAUCACCAUCGCUCUGGAGAGACCAGACAUACAGACACACAGUACAGAGAGAGUGUUCCUCAGUGUGUCCAACCAUAUCUUCACUGUGAUCUUCAUAGCAGAGAUGACCGUUAAGGUGGUAGCCCAGGGUCUGUACUCAGGUGAUGCAGUCUAUCUGAAGAGCAGCUGGAAUGUUCUGGAUGGACUGUUGGUGUUUGUAUCUCUGCUGGACAUUCUGGUUUCCAUAGCAUCCGCCGGCGGUAACCGUAUCCUAGGAAUCCUCAGAGUGCUGCGACUCCUGCGUACCCUUCGACCCCUCAGGGUGAUCAGUCGAGCCCCAGGUCUGAAGCUGGUAGUAGAGACUCUGAUCACGUCUCUGAGACCCAUCGGAAACAUCGUCCUCAUCUGCUGCGGCUUCUUCAUCGUUUUUGGAAUACUGGGAGUACAG